AUGGGGCGCGUACAUAAAGAAUAUUAUAGUGCUAAUGCAACAUACUUAUCCGAUGAAGCUAUCAAAGAAAUCAAAGAAUCGCCAGAAUACAUAGAAAAUCGGGAGCGUAAACAACAAAUAAGGAAUACUAAUACCACCAACUGGGAUAAAGAAAUCAAGAGUAUUUAUGACUUAUAUGCGGAACUUCCAUAUUAA